AUGUGGACGAGCCCCUUUGGCGCCGUCGUGCACGGGCUGCCAAACCUCGCUGGCCACCGGCCGACGGCGCGAGUCCUCGCCUGCCUCGCCGACGCCGCAGCGGAGCACGGCUACCCGGUCUUUCGGAACCGGUCUCUGCCAGGCAUGGCGCUGCGUGCGGUGAGCGAGUACUUUGGCGGGCUUGCCGCCGAGCGCACGCCACGCCGCUGCCGCGCACUGCGAUUCCUGCGGCUGUCAAACCGGGAGGAGCACGGAGUCGUGCGAGUCGGGCCGCAGUGGCACGCCGACGGAAGCUUCGAGCGGCGGGUCUUCUCGCACGUGCUCUUCCACGCGCAGGCCGUGCCCCGCGUCGGCGGCGGGACCGAGAUGUCCCACCUCGCCGCCGCCUUUGACGCCCUGCCCGCAGCGCAGCGGGAGGCGGCGGGCCGCGCGUGGAGCCGGCUGGCGACUGUCAACGCCUACUCCGGCGCCGUCCACCCGCUCGUCCACCUCCACCCUCGCACAGGCCACAGGACGCUCUUUGCGAUGGACCCGGCCGUCGCGCCGAGCGCCGCCUUCGGCCACCGGCUGCUACGCCGCAGGUCGCUGCGCCGGCUCGCGAGGCAGCUGGAGGCGCUGCUCUCGUCGGCAGCGCCCGCACCGCAACUGCCCUCGCUGGACGAGCGCGCGCCUCCUCACGCCUAA